UCCGCUGAAUAAGAACAGGGCUUUGGUUUGGUAUCUUGGGUACUCGUUAGACUUGAAGUGGGUACUGAAAAUUUCAGUAAAGUUGUCAACUUUUUGCUGAUUAGGAAAUGGUUUCUUAGCUCUCUUCUGAGUUAUGCUGAAAGAGUAAGCUUUCUCUGUUCUGUGUUGAAUUUGGAGGUGUAGAUUGUUGCGUUUUGCUAUUUACUGUAUAAUCAUGGAAUAUGUCUGGUUGAGUCCUGUCUCCAUCACUGCUACAUUGAAUCGAUUGGAUUGUGGAUGUUAUUCAAUUGAAAAGAGAAGUUGUGUUUGGAGAACUUGUCAUUGGUCUUUGAGUCACUCAUUGGACUUUGGAUUGACCAUGAAACCGAAACAAAGGCGUCUAGGUGUAAAAAUGGAGUCUUUUUCUAUGGCAACACCAAGAAUGCGAUUGAGGAUGGUGAGUAGUGAAUUAGACAGAUCUUUCAAUGGUGAAGAUGUGGUUUUUGGUUCUGAAUUGGAGCCUGGACAUGGAUUGAGAGAAAGAGGGGAAAAUGGGUUAGAAGAGAAGCCUGUAGUGUAUAGGAAUAGGAUACAUUUUCUGGAGGAAAGGAACGAAGAGAUGUUAUCGAGGAGACUUCUGAAACUUAGCAGGUUGGAUAAAGUUAGAAGCGCAUUGGAGUUGUUUGAUUCUAUGAGAUUCAUGGGUUUACAACCCAGUGCUCAUUCGUGUAACUCUUUUCUCUCCUGCCUUUUGAGGAAUGGAGAUAUUCAGAAAGCCUUUACCGUCUUUGAGUUCAUGAGGAAAAAGGAGAAUGUCACAGGGCACACGUAUAGCUUGAUGUUGAAAGCUCUUGCAGAGGUUAAGGGUUGUGAUUCUGCGCUAAGAAUGUUUAGAGAACUAGAAAGGGAUCCGAAACAUAAGAGUUGUUUUGAUGUGAUCCUGUAUAACACCGCCAUUUCUCUAUGUGGUCGGAUAAAUAAUGUGUAUGAGGCGGAGAGAAUAUGGAGAGUUAUGAAAGGUGAUGGUCAAAUUGGAACUGAGAUUACAUAUUCUCUGCUUGUUAGCAUUUUUGUUCGGUGCGGGAGAAGCGAAUUGGCCCUUGAUGCAUAUGAAGAGAUGGUUAACAGCAACAUAUCUCCGAGAGAGGAUGCAAUGUGUGCGAUGAUAAGUGCGUGUACGAAGGAGGAAAAUUGGGAUCUGGCGUUAAAGAUAUUCCAAAGUAUGUUAAAGAAACGGAUGAAGCCUAAUCUUGUAGCGUGCAAUACAUUGAUAAAUUCGCUGGGAAAGGCGGGCAAAGUCGGAUUGGUGUUUAGGGUUUACAGUGUUGCAAAAUCUUUGGGGCAUAAAGCCGACGAGUACACAUGGAAUUCACUGCUCACGGCUUUAUACAAAGCAAACCGCUAUGAAGAUGUUCUUCAGCUGUUUGAUAUGGUACGAAGCGAAAACCUGUGUUGUCUGAAUGAAUAUUUGUACAACACAGCUAUGGUGUCAUGCCAAAAGCUUGGUUACUGGGAGAAAGCUGUGAAGCUUUUGUAUGAAAUGGAAGGUUCCGGGUUAACAGUUUCAACUUCAUCAUAUAAUCUGGUGAUAAGCGCCUGCGAAAAAUCAAGGAAGUCGAAAGUUGCAUUGCUAGUAUAUGAGCACAUGACUCAAAUGAAUUGUAAGCCAAACACUUUUACUUAUCUGUCGCUUGUAAGGAGUUGUAUUUGGGGUUCUCUUUGGGACGAGGUUGAAGAUAUCUUAGAGAAAGUGGAACCCGAUGUGUCCCUUUACAACGCAGCUAUACAUGGGAUGUGUCUAAGACGCGAGUUCAAGAUUGCAAAAGAGUUGUAUCUCAAAAUGAGAGAGAUGGGUUUAGAACCGGAUGGCAAAACCCGAGCUAUGAUGUUACAGAACUUAAAGAAACACCGAAAAUAAGGACCACUACAGUCACUGUAAUAAAGCAACAAUCUUCCCGCCAAGAAAAACAAAAGCUGCUUCUUACACAACUAAAUCACUCUUCUAUGUU